AUGGUAGUCAAGACCACCCAAGAGCGGUCACACUGCGACGACCUCAAGGAAAUAUUCGAACAAAUCCAAUCAUACAAUAUGAGACUCAACCCAGAAAAAUGCGCCUUUGGAGUUCAAGGAGGCAAAUUCUUCGGAUUUAUGCUAAUCUCACGAGGAAUUGAAGCGAACCCUAAAAAAUGUGAAGCAAUACUCAACAUGGCAAGCCCUAAAACAAUGAAAGAGACAACAGAAUGCGAUAAGGCGUUUGUCGAGCUUAAAACUAUCUUAUCAUCACCACCCGUGCUGCAAAGACCUGUAGUUGGUAAACCCCUAUAUUUAUAUUUGUCUAUUUCCAAUCGCUCUAUAAGCUCAGAUCUUGUCAUUGAGACAGGAAAGACACAACAGCCAGUAUACUUCAUUAGCAGAGUCAUGCAACCAAUGGAACAAAGGUAUCUGAGGAUAGAGCAGUUAGCCUUAACACUCGUGUUUCAGCCUAGAUCGGCCCUCAAAGCACAGAUCCUUGCCGAUUUCAUCACAGAACUGACUCCUGACGAGCACAACAAAACAUGGAAGUUACAUGUGGACAGAGCGUCAAGUCGAGAAGGAAGUGGAGCCGGGAUAAUCCUGAAAGAAGGAGACGAAGUGGUAGCCAAACAAGCCCUCCAGUUCCACUUCUCGGCAAGCAACAACCAGGCCGAAUAUGAGGCCCUCAUAGCAGGACUCAAGCUCGCCCUAAGCCACCAAGUACAAAGCCUGACAGCACAUUGCGACUCUCUCCUGGUGGUCCAACAGAUCCGAGGAGAAUUUCAGGUAAAAGAUCAUUUGCUAGAACAAUACUGGCUCAUAACAAAGGAUCUCAUUUCAAAAUUUAGCUCGUUUACUAUACUACAUGUGCAUAGAGAACAAAAUGUUAGAGCAGACAUAUUAUCCAAACUCGCCGCCACUAGGGCAGAUACACAAACAUCAGCAUUAUCACAACUUACACUUACAAAACCCAGCAUUGAACUAUUAUACAUAGAAAACAUUAACUGCCUCCAUGAUUGGAGAAAACCUUUUCUUGAGUACAUAAAUACAGGUACCAUACCCAGGGACGAGCUCAACCCACAACAGUUCAGACGUAAAGCGAGCUUCUAUACAAAGAUAGCAGGAGAGCUGUACAGGCGCGGUUUCUCACAACCAUUGCUAAAAUGCUUAAGCAAAGAUGAAGCAAGAGAGGUGAUGGACGAAGUUCACGAGGGUGUAUGUGGAAAUCACAUAGGAGGACGAGCUCUCGCCACAAAAAUAGCCCGAACAAGAUACUACUGGCCGACCAUGAAGAGAAAAUGCAUAGCAAAAGUCAAGGCAUGUGACAAAUGCCAAAAACACGAAGUCAUCUCUACAAAGCCGGCCGAGGUAUUACACAGCAUGGAGUUAGUCUAUGGCUCAGAAGCAUUAAUCCCCGUGGAAAUUGAGGUACCCACAUUAAGAGCCGAGCUAUACAACAAACAACAAAACAUAAGCGCCAGAAAUGCCGAGCUUGACCUUGCCGAAGAAGACAGGGAAAUCGCUGCCAUCAAACAAAGAGCCCAGAAAAAACUGGCAGAAAGGAAGCGCAAUAAGAGAGUAGUGCCAAGGACAUUCAUGGAAGGCGACCUAGUACUCAGACGAACAGAGUAA